UGAAUCUGGAAUCUCUACUUGAACAUGGCAUUUUGAGGUCUGAAUACUAGUCCCCAUGUGCUCAAGGUACUUGUUCCGUUAAUCUGUCCUGAACUGAAAAUCGGACUCUCCUGCAUCCUAAAGAUCUGUACAUUUCCCUUUCCUUAUGGAAAAUCCAAGCAAUAUAUUUAGUGGCUUAAACCAUGUGAAACUACCUGUCCCAAUUUAGAAAAAGCCACUUCCCACUUUUGUAUUAUUUGUAUUUUUAUUUUAAGCACAGUUCAACAUGCCAGCCUUCUGGACUUUAUUCCCUGCCUUCUGUUUACUUCUCAUGUUAGAGAAGUGCGGUGCUCAGAUGGGAUGCUCAGUGUGAUCUGAGAGGUUUUUGCUUCGGAGUGCUUGGGAGAGAAAAACGGGACCUCAAGACCACACUAUGGGACUGUGCUGCGCACCAGAGCACCCGGGGCUUCCUCUUUAAAGAAGUGGGCAGGGCUCCGCCUUCUUAUGUGAGCAAUGGCUGAGGGGGACGCCGCCCUGACCUGCGAGCCGCCCGCCAGCGGGCAGGAGGAGCGUCCGUACAAGUGCAAGCAGUGCCCGCGGAGCUACCGCCACGCCGGCAGCCUGGUGAACCACCGGCGCACCCACGAGGUGGGCCUCUUCUGCUGCCUGCUGUGCCACAAGGACUUCUCCAACCCCAUGGCUCUCAAGAGCCACCUGCGCACCCACACCGAGGAGAAGCGCUACCAGUGCCGGGACUGUGGGCGUAACUUCCGGGCCUUCUCCCAGCUUACCGGCCACCGCUGCCUGGCUCAUGCUGCCCGGGACCAGGAGGGGGAAGAGGGCUGCAAUGGCGGGAGCUAUGCCUUCCAGAGGAGCCAGGACACAUCUUCGUCGGACGCUGAUACCUUUUCCGGGAUGGAAGGCAGCAGCGGGAGUUUGCUGAGCAACCUAGAGAAGUACAUCGCCGAGUCGGUGGUGCCGGCUGACUUUUCUCAGCUGGAGUUCCCUGUCCGGGGGGAAGCAGAGGCAGAGGAACCACUCCCGAUGGAAGAGGAGGAGGAGGAGGAGGAGGAAGAGGCGGGGCUCCGGGCCGCUGCUGCAGAUGAGCGCCGCUUCAAGUGCAACCAGUGCGACAAAGCCUACAAGCACGCUGGCAGCCUGACCAACCACAAGCAGAGCCACACAGUGGGUGUGUACCAGUGCGGCAUGUGCCACAAGGAGUUCUCCAACCUCAUGGCUCUCAAGAGCCACACUCGCCUCCACUCGGAGUACCGGCCCUACAAGUGCCGCUUCUGCCACAAGGCCUUUCGGCUCCCCUCCGAACUGCUGAGCCACCAGAAAGCCCACGACGAGGAUCCAAGCCAGGCGGCAGGUCUGCCGGCCUGGGAAGGCUCAGAGCAGGGUGUGUGGGAGGAAGACUCCAUAGAGACCUCGGCGAAGCUGGACAUCUACCAGCCUCCGCCGGCAGGAACAACACACUUUGGAGACGGCGCCCCCUGCAGCCUGAAAGACGCUUCCAAAGCAGGGGGUGGCGAGCGCUGCAACCCGGACGGGGAGCUCUGCGUCCGCUGCGGCGGUGCUUUUGCCGAUGACGAGGAGCUAAAGGGGCACAGCUGCCUCUAUCCAGAGGAAGCUGACGAAGAGGAGGAGGAAGGCAGCAGUCCGUUGCUACCGGCGCCCGGCUCCAAUGGAGCCUGGGAAGCAAGCUUGAAAGGGGAGGGCGGUUAUGCCCCGUUCGAAGAGCGGCCCUUCCGCUGUGGGGAUUGCGGCAGGACUUACCGGCACGCGGGGAGCCUCAUCAAUCACAAGAAGAGCCACCAAACCGGGGUGUACAGCUGCAGCGUCUGCUCGAAGCAGCUGUACAACUUGGCUGCCUUGAAAAACCAUUUACGGGUCCACCUGAAGUCCAAGCUUGGUUCGUCGGCUCCAGAAGAGGCCUCCCAGCACGCAGCUGGCCUCCCGGGCCCGCCAAGACUGGAACACAGCCCUGGGGACUCUGCGGACUGCCAUCCACAGCCGCCAGAAGCCUGGAGAGGAGCCUCCUGUCCAAAGGAAGAGGAGGAAAGAGGCACCGGAGAUGAAGAGCGGCCGUACCGGUGCACGGACUGCGGGAGGAGUUACCGGCACCGCGGCAGCCUUGUGAACCACCGCCACACCCACCAGACCGGGGUCUUCCAGUGCUCCAUCUGCCCCAAGCAAUACUCCAACCUCAUGGCGCUCCGGAAUCAUGUCCGCGUGCAUCUGCGGGCAGCCCGCCUGCGUGGCCGGGAGCAAGGGGGUGGCCUGACAUGCAGCAGUUGUGGGGAGAGCUUUGAGGAAGAGGCCGAGUUCCAGCUCCAUCAGCUGCGCCACUUGCCGUGUACGGAAGACAUAGAAGUGGCAGCGGUCCCCAGGCUGGGGAUCUUUCACCCGCAGGAAGCUGAUCUCCUCCAGGCUAUCAGGCAGGAUGUGGAAGCUCUGGAGAACGGGGCGGCUGUUGCCGAGGACGUCCUGCCUUCCUCUGAGAUGGUGCAUGCCUGCCCCCAGUGCGGGAUGACCUUUGCCAGUGUGGAUGGACUGCAGAAUCACACCCUCCAGCACAGGAGCGAAGGGGAGUGGUCUGAAGGGACAGCCGAGAAACCUGAGUCGCCCAUCCAGCGGCUCUAUGGGUGCGAUCAGUGCGGUAAGUCGUACCGGCACUCAGGGAGCCUCAUCAACCACAAGCAGACUCACCAGACAGGCGACUUCAGCUGCUCACUUUGCGGGAAGCACUUCCAGAAUGUCGCCUCCCUGAAGAGCCACUUGCGCGGGCAUCAGAGGCCUCGGAGGGGACCAUUGGGGGUUGCCGUGGCUACAAACGAGGAGGAGGAUGCCGAAGAUGGAGCCACUGUGCCUGGGGCAUUGUUCUCAGGCGACGAGUUCCAGGAUACCUACAGCAUUCUAGAAGAAGGCACUGCCAUGAAUGGCUGGCCGUCCCAGUCGGAGGCCCCCUCACCGUUGCCUGGCAACGUUGAGGUGCUCCCCUACCUCUGCGAGCAGUGUGGGCUCGGCUUCAACCAGGUGAGCAGCUUGAUGAGUCAUAAGGAGACCCACCAACUCGGCAUCUACCAGUGCUCCCUCUGUCCCAAGGAGUAUCCCAGUCUUCUGGCUUUGAAAAACCACUUCCACGGUCACACCAAAGCCACAGCGUCCAGCUGGGGCAGCCCGGGUGGGGAUGGCAGCACCGAAGAGCAGCCCUUUCUCUGCAGCCUCUGUGGCAUGAUCUUCCCCAGUGAGGAGGACCUUGAACGCCAUCACAGCCUCCUGCACGAAGAGAGCGAAAACCAGGAGGAGGAGCAGGAGGCGGUGCUCGAAAGGGAGGCAGGCGAACGGCUGGACAGGGCAGGUGACCAGGAAGAGGAGCAGCUCCUCUCUCACAUCUGCGGCUAUUGCGGCCAGACGUUUGAUGAUAUGGCCAGCUUGGAAGAACACAGCGAGGGGCACCAGGAGGAGAAAGCUGCCGCCUUGGCUGACACUUCAAUCCAGCUCCGACGAGCCCCACGCCUGGAGGAGGAACAGGAGCCUCCGCCCCCAACAGAAGUGCCGGCUGCUGCCGUUGAACCCCUGGACAGCCGGCCUUACGCCUGUGGCCAGUGCGGCAAAACUUACCGGCAUGGUGGCAGCUUGGUCAAUCACAAGAAGAUCCAUCAGAUUGGAGAUUACCAGUGUGGCUUCUGCUGCCGGCAGUACCCCAAUAUGUCUGCCUAUCGGAACCACCUCCGGAACCACCCGAGAUGUAAGCUGAAUGGCAGUGUGCCAGAACUCCGGCAACCAGACCCUGCAGGAGCAGGGGGCCCGCCUGUUGGUUGCGAGGCACCGAAGGAGGAGUCCCUUGAUGGGAGGGCUGUGGCACAGCAAAAGGGGGAAGAUCUGCCAAAUACUUCCUCCUCCCCUCUCCCAUCUCCCGUUGUGGAGGAAAAAUCAGGACAGGAAGUAUUGGCUGCUGGCCAAUCCGAGGAGAGAGAUAUCCAGGCGUGUGGUGUCUGCGGGGAGGCCUGUGAGGGACUAGCUGGCCUGGAGGCCCACCGGGCUCUGCAUUUUGACCAAGAGAUUGGAAAAGUGGAGGGAGAAGAAAACAGCGGUCCGUCUGCUGAAGAGGAGGGUUCCCCUUUGGAGCGCCCCUUCCAGUGUGACGUUUGCGAGCGGAGCUACAAGCAUGCAGGCAGCCUGAUCAACCACAAACAGACACACAAGACCGGCCUGUUCCAUUGUGGUGUCUGUCAGAAGCAGUUCUUCAACCUCAUGGCCCUCAAGAACCACAACCGCACCCACUUCGAAACCAAACGCUACCGCUGCCCUGAGUGCCCCAAGGCCUUCCGGCUCCAGAAGCAGCUGGCCAGCCACCAGCACGUCCACCGCGAUCGGAAGCGGGACCUCUCCUCCUCCCACCCUCCCCGGAGGUCCACUCAUGCCAAGCGGGCGGGCAAGGGGGCCAAUCCGGCCCACUCUCUUGGCAGCGUCGCCAAGCGCCGCCCGAACCCCGAAGAGCGCCCUUACCGGUGCGGGGAGUGCGGGCGCACAUACCGCCACGCGGGGAGCCUGCUCAACCACCAGAAGAGCCACAAGACAGGGCACUUUGCUUGCUCGCUGUGCAGCAAGGCCUACCCCAACCUCAUGUCCCUCAAGAACCACCAGCGCAUCCACUACGAAGUGAAACGCCACCGGUGCCCGGAUUGUGGCAAGGCCUUCAAGUGGCAGCGGCAGCUUCUGCGGCAUCAGCGCAGGCCUCACCCUUGUGGCCAGAGCGCUCCAGGGCAGGAGCGAGAGGGGAGCCUGGACUCCCAAAGGGAGCAGGGGGCCAGCGGCCCAGGGGAGGCCCCUCCAGGCUCUUUCCAGUGCCAGACGUGCCCCAAACACUUUCCCAACCGCACCGCUCUGAGGAACCACAGCCGCGUCCACGCGAAGAAACGCUUCCAGUGUUCGGAGUGCGGCAAGCCUUAUCGAGCAUCUGGGAGCCUCAUGCGCCACCUGAGGAGACACCAGUCCGAGGCGGCGGCGGAUGUCGCUGAAGAGAAAGCAGCUGAUCUCUCCUCCUCCUCCUCCUGUUGUGCAGCAGCAGCCGGCCAGCCGCCGGACGAGCGGCCCUACAAGUGCAACAGUUGCGAGCGGACGUACCGCCACGCCGGCAGCCUCCUCAACCACAAGAAGGCGCACGCCACCGGCCUCUACCGCUGCCCCACCUGCCAGAAGGAGUUCCACAACCUCCUGGCCCUCAAGAACCACCUCCACGUCCAUACGGACAAGAGGCGCCACCGCUGCCCCCGCUGCGGCAAAGCCUUCCGGACUGCCCGCCGCUUAGCCGCCCACGCCAAGGCUCACGGCGGCCUCAAGGAGGAAGGGCCUUUCUCCUGCGCGGUCUGCUCCAAAGGGUUCUCCCAUCAGCUCAGCUUCCGGCAACACCUGCUGUCGCACGCCAAGGAUGGCGGGUACCCUGCUGCUAGGGGGGACGUGAGCUGAGGGCGGGCAGCCCGUGUGAGGACCACGUGUGCCAAGGAUGGUAGGGCAGGGACAUCUAGCUGCAGGGAAUUUUGAAAGGCUGGGUGGGGAGCCGUACCCCUGGGAUCAGUUGUCCAUGCAUUGGGGAGAGGGGAAGGAAGAGGGUCAGGGAUACCCAGUGGGUGAAAAUAUGGAGGAAAAUUGGGUGCACAACCCACCAUUCUCUGUAGAACACCAGGAUCCAAAGACACUGAGGGGUGGGGCAACUUUCGAUGGAAUGUUGUAUUGAGCACUCCAGCGAUACCUCUUUUGUGUCACUUGGAAAUGCUCCCUCCGGCAACCUGUACCUUCGUAAGCUUGGAUCCUGUUUUGAGAACUGA